UCUAUGAUUCGAAUCUCAAAACUAGACGCGAGCAAAGUCCAGUCUUCUUCUUCUUCUUAAAUUUCCAAGCAACAAAAGGAAAUUGGGAGCAAAAGGAGAGAGAGAGAGAGAGAGAGAGAGAGAGAAUGAGAUCGAACAUCGUAAGCGAGGCUGGAAUUUCGACAAGGCUGAAUCAAUGGUGGACUAGUGUACCAUUCAUUACCUCUGGUGUGGUAAUAAUCUGCGGGGUAAUCUACCUUGUGUGCUUGUUGUUUGGUUACGACUCCUUCUUCAGUGUAUGCUUCUUGCCUUCUGCAGUGGUUUCUAGGUUUGAAGUUUACAGAAUUUAUACAUCGGUUCUUUUUCAUGGAUCGAUAUUGCAUGUUGUUUUCAACAUGCUGGCUCUAGUACCUCUGGGGACAGAACUGGAGCGGAUUACGGGAUCCGUACGCCUAUUGUAUCUGAUGUUCUUACUUGCAACCAGCAAUGCUAUAUUUCAUCUAUCCAUAGCUUUACUGGUGGCUUAUAAUCCUGUAUACCCCUAUCAUCUUGUCAUGGAUGAGUGUGCCAUCGGCUUCUCUGGAAUCCUAUUCUCUAUGAUUGUUAUUGAGACAAGCUUGAGUGGAGUACAAUCGAGAAGUGUUUUUGGUCUCUUCAAUGUGCCUGCUAAAUGGUAUGCAUGGAUCUUGUUGAUACUGUUCCAGCUCUUAGCAACUAAUGUUUCCUUACUGGGACACUUAUGUGGCAUUUUAUCUGGGUUUGCAUACACUUGUGGGCUAUUUAAUUACUUGCUGCCUGGUCCAUCUUUCUAUUCUUCCAUUGAGAGCUCGUCAAUGCUAUCAUCUUGCAUAAGGCGUCCUGGCUUUAUUUUGUGCACUGGAGGGGCUACAUAUGGAAACCUUCCAACAUAUUCAAACUCAAGCACACCAUCUAGUUUGAUCUCGGGAAACUUGUGGGGAAAUCUCUCUUCGUGGAUGCCUCAGAGAGGAACAACAGAAGUGGCAGCACAAGAUCCCAGAUUUCCUGGGAGGGGAAGAACACUGGGUGCUACAAGAGAACAGUCAACCGCCGCAGCUGAUUCUGACUUGAGCUUGCAGGCUAGACUCUUGGAUGAUUCAUCACAAGAUCAUCAGCUGGAAACAUCACCCCGAAGUACAGGAGCACACACAUCAGAUGCAAGGCAUUUGGCUCUCAGUGCUGGAGGUGCUGGUGCAUUAGCUACACAAGAUGACCAAGGUUUGGACAGCUUCGAUGAAGAGCUAAAGAAGUUGGUAGCUAUGGGGUUUGAAAAGACACAGGCUGAAGUUGCUCUUACCGCUGCUGAUGGAGACCCCAAUGUUGCCAUUGAAAUUCUUAUGACUCAGCAGAAAUGAGCAUAUAUUGAUCCGCUGAGAUCAACAGUCUUGGGGUGGUUGUGUUUAUUAUUGACUUGGAUAUUAAACAAGCAAAAGGAUUUUAUGGGAGGAUCAAUAUACACUAGAUAUAAAAUAUAGAUGGUUUUGCUGACCUUAUGUUAUACAAACCAGAGUUCCUGCUCAAGAAGACACCUACAGAACAAUUGUGAUGUUUAGAUUCAAAUCGAUGAAACUGCAAACUAUUGUAAAUUUGUGAACUUACGGCUUUUGAAGUCUUCUGUGAAGCAUUAGAUAGUUUCGUCGUGUAAAUCUUUUCCUCGGUGGAAAGACAGCCAAACGCAUCAGGGUCCCUUUGUAUAAAUCUAAAGUCCCUUAAAUGUGUUCUUGCAUUUGUGUCA